GGCGGGGCCAGCGCCCGCCGGUUGUUGUAGUAACGGGGAAGCGGCGGGAGGGGCCGCGGUUGCUGGGUCGCUAGCCCCGCCAGCCGGGGCGAUGCGGGAGCAGGUAACUGCUCUUGCAAGAUCUUGUGAAUCUGCAGGAAAGAGUCUUGGAGGCUACGGAGACUGGGCUGUAUGAAAACUCCCAGAGGAAAUGCCGGUUGGGAUGGCUCGAGACCUGGAGGAAGCUGGCUCGUCCUCGGAGGACGAGGAGGAAGAUGUAGAUGGGCUGGAAGAUCAUCCAUGUAUCAAGUGGACUGGUGGCGGCUGCAGGCGGAUCCCCAUCAUGGUGUUUCAUGCUGAAGCCAUUCUGACCAACGACAGCUACCUCCGCCUAAUUGGAGAGCGCUACCAUUUGUCAUAUAAGAUUGUGCGAACAGACAGCCGUCUGGUUCGAAGCAUUCUGACUGCCCAUGGCUUCCAUGAGGUGCACCCUAAUAGCAGCGAUUAUAAUCUCAUGUGGACAGGAUCACACUUGAAGCCCUACUUGCUGCGUUCCCUUACAGAUAUUCAAAAAGUCAAUCACUUCCCUAGGUCAUAUGAACUGACACGAAAGGACAGACUGUACAAGAAUGUCAGUCGCAUGCAGCUGGCCCAUGGGUUCAAGACAUUCCAUAUCUUACCUCAGACCUUUAUCCUCCCGGCGGAGUACCGGGACUUCUGCAAUACAUAUUCUAAGGACAGAGGCCCAUGGAUAGUGAAGCCUGUGGCCUCUUCCAGGGGUCGAGGAGUCUACCUGAUAAACAACCCAAACCAGAUUGUCCUGGAAGAUGACAUCCUGGUUUCUCGUUACAUCAGCAACCCCCUGCUCAUAGAUGAUUUCAAAUUCGAUGUGCGCCUCUAUGUUCUCGUUACAUCCUAUGAUCCACUUGUCAUCUAUCUCUACGAGGAAGGAUUGGCCAGGUUUGCAACAGUGAGGUAUGACCAGGCAUCCAAGAACAUUAAAAACCAGUUCAUGCAUCUGACCAACUACAGUGUCAACAAGAAGAGUGGAGAUUAUGUCAGCUCUGAUGAUCCUGAAGUAGAGGAUUAUGGAAACAAGUGGAGCAUGAGUGCAAUGCUGAGGUACUUAAAACAAGAGGGGAGAGACACUGCAGCACUGAUGGCCAACGUGGAAGACCUGAUUAUCAAGACGGUAGUUUCUGCUGAGCUUGCCAUUGCCACAGCUUGUAAAAAUUUUCUUUCACAUCGUGGCAGCUGCUUUGAACUGUAUGGUUUUGAUGUCCUUAUUGAUGACACUCUGAAGCCCUGGCUGUUGGAAGUGAACCUGUCCCCAUCACUUGCCUGCGAUGCUCCUUUGGACCUGAAGAUCAAAGCCAGCAUGCUCUCAGAUAUGUUCACUCUUGUAGGUUUUGUGUGCCAGGAUCCAGGCCAGCGGUCAAGCCGGUCUGUUUAUCAUUCAUCUGAAUCUGCCAGGAGAAAUCCAUACCAGAAGCUGCAGCGUCCUGUGUCCGCGCAGUUGCAAACAGCAAACACCAGAUUGCGUACCCGUCCUCUGUCUGCCAGUGAUGCUGAAAUGAAAAACUCGGCGCCCUCAGGGAGGGAAAAAGCAACAGGAAGGCAAGGCAGCUCUAUGCUAGGCCUCUCCAUAGAGGAGAUGAAAGUUCUUCGUCGAGUGAGAGAGGAGAAUGAACGGAGAGGAGGCUUCAUUCGGAUAUUCCCUACACCGUUAACAUGGGACCUUUAUGGAUCCUUUUUAGAGCACAAGACAUCAAUGAACUACAUGCUGGCUACACAUCUGUUUCAGGACAGGGACAAGAUGAAAGGCGACUUCAUCACUGGGAAAUCCCGAGCAGGUUUGAAUGGAAGGCUGGAUACGAGGUUGGAAGCUGUGAACUCUCAUGCUCUUUUUUAUGAGAGAAAGCUUGUUUCACUGGAGUUACGGAAGCGCCAGCGAUGUCAUGGCAAGGCUAGAGCAGCACGGACAAGAUCAUCAGGGACAUCAGAGCCAAGAAAGCUGUCCCUCAAGUCAGACACAGAAGGUGAGGAGGAAGAGGAGGUGGAUGCAGAUGAAGAUGAAGAACUAGAUAGAACUGUUGGCUCUCUUUUGGACACCCAGGUGAAAAGCAAGCCAAAGCGCUCUGACUUGGUGAAAACUACUUGUAAGGAGAAGUUGCCAAAAAAACUUAACAGGAAAACUGGAGAUGGAGGAGAGCCGUUUCUUCAAAGAACAGACUCAGAAUCUCAGUUUAACUUGCUGCAGAUUCUUCAGAAGCAUGGAAACCUGAGCAAAGUGCAAGCUCGCAGGGCUUUCUCUGCCUAUCUACAGCAUGUUCAGUUGCGACUGAUGGAGGCUGGUGACCAGAUCCACAAUCCUGCCUGGGCUGCCAAAGAGGAUGAGCAAAUGGAGCUUGUGGUACGCUUUCUGAAGCGAGCUGCCAGCAAUCUUCAGCAGUCCCUGAGGAUGCUGCUCCCCAGCCGUCGUUUAGGACUGAAUGACCGUCGUCGUGCCCUGGCUCACCAGCUGGGCGAGUUCAUCAUCUGUUAUAACAAGGAAACAGAGCAGAUGGUUCAGAAGCGAUCAAAAAAGAAACAGGAAGAGGAGGAGGAGGAGGGAGUAAAUCCUGAAGGUUUUCAGAACUUUAUUACCAAAGCAAGUGAACGUGACCUGGAGGAAGUGCUGACAUUUUACACACACAAAAACAAGUCAGCAAGUGUCUUCCUAGGGACAAACUCUACAAGCACAAAAUCCAGCACCACCAGUAAUCAGACAGAGAAACAGCCUCAAGGAGAGCGUCCUGAGGUGGUGAAAAAAAUAAAAGGGGAUCAGCUCAAAAGCUUAGUUGCGGAUCUGCGUACAGAAGGAACAUUAAAAGGCUAUAAAUCCAAAGAAGUUAAAUCAACCUUUCCAGAAGGACCCACCUCCUCUUUAAAUGCUGAAGUGAAAUUACCUCGGUGCAGCCCUCCUAUUGCUUCUUCCUCUGUUUCUGGUGCCGCGUUCCAGAGAAGUACUGGUUCCUGCAUACCAUCUCAGCCUGCAGCCUCUGAAAAUUCACAGGUGCCUGGUCCCCAUUCAUUGCCAGCUCCUCCAGUUGGUCCCAGGCUGAUUCAGUCCCCAUCCCCACUGCCCUCCUCACAGAGCACAGCUCCUGACAGCUCUUCUGUCUUCACAAACCCAGUGUUCAGUCAGUCUUCUAGCCUUGCAGGGUUACAUCGUUAUCAUUCUGGUAGCUACACUAUUGGCCCAUUCUCAUCUUUUUCAAGAGCUGCUCAGAUCUACAGCCAAAGAUUGUCCCGACCAUCCUCUGCAAAAGUAGGUUUGUGCCGUCGCAGUCCAGGUGGGCAGCGUGUGGGUUCAGCCAGGAUGCACAAGGAUGUAGAAGAUGCUUCUUCCCAGGACAAACGUUACAGUCCCAGUAUGGUAGCAUCAGGACUGCAGCAGCUAGCAGAAAAGCAAGCAGCCUGUCAAUAUUCCCCAGCAAGCCACAUCAGUCUCCUUACACAACAGUUAACAAACCUGAACUUGGCAAGUGGAGCUAUAAGCAAGGGGAAUGCAGCUGCCCCGCAGAGCUACCGGUCACCGCUUGACAAAAGAGGGUCUUUGUGGGCUGUUGAGUCAGACGCUCCUAUAGCUGACAAACGAUCUGUCUCUUCAGCAGUCAGGGCUCCAGAGAACGAUCAUUUUGCCUGGGAAGGAGAGAUGGAGGACAGUGUCUGCAGCAAGGUGGCAAAGAACCCGCUGGUACAUCCCAACUGUCAGCUCCAUUUUGCUGUGCAGCAACUUCGGCAGCAGAAACUUCAGUCACGACAGCUGUUGGAGCAAAGCCAAGCCCGGCGCCAGGCUCUCUUUGCCAACUACUCACAAUCCAGCACCAGCCAUUUAUCUAUGCCAGCUGGCUCUGAUGCCCGCAAGACAUCAAGUGCCACUUCUAGUAUCCAGAAGGCAGCCAGUUUGCAGAAAGUGAUGCCAUCCCCGGGUACGCCGCCUCAGCUGGUUCCAAAGCCUCCAGCAAACCACAGGCAAGCAGUGGUCAGAAAGGCUGCAGCCCAGAGGAUUUCCAAGCAACUGAAGGGAUUCCGGAACAGCCUUCACAGUGCUGCAUCCUGUGAGCCAGGGACAAAUUCCACAGCCUCUGCUCACAGAGAAGGACAAACAGCGAACCACCAGGUGAGGAAUCCAGGGUGUUGCUUCAAACGUGGGGCAAAGGAAAAAGCAGCAGUGACUUCAUACCACCACACUCCCAUAACAACCUGGAAAGAGCAAGGAGGAGGCCCCGGUGAGAGGACAACCCACUGAGGAGAGUACUUGAACAUCCAUGGAAGCUGGUGAUGCACCUUCAAGCUGAGGUGAAUUAUUCCCUCUGAGAGCUUCUGCUUCUGAAUCCUGGAGGCCCUUCCUCUCGCCUCUUCCUGAUCACUAACCAUGAGAUCUUUCUAUAAGACAGAGAUCCUCCAGCUGUCUGUAUUGUUCUUCCUAAGGUCCAGGUUUGAACAUAAAAUCUCAUAUGCUCAGCCAUUUCAGUCUGUCCUAGUCUGGUAUCAGCCAAGAUUCUCUGCUGUCAUCACAUGGCAACCAUCAGCAGAGAAAAAUAUUAGAACAUAUGACUGGAUACAUCCAUGUUGGUUGCCGUCUUGAAUUUUGGCACAGAGCCAUAGAAAGGAUUGGUUUGAAUAAAGUAAUUUCAUUUGUCUGUUUUGGUUAUAAUUUCAUUAUUAAUUCACAUGCCCAAAAUAUUUUCUGUCAUUAUAUUGGGUAGGAUUUUAAAUCUGUCUUUGUUUCACUGUCUGUGUGGCUUAUUUUUAUAUUUUGAUUUCUGUUUGUUUAGGCUUCAUAAACUUUUUAAAUUGGCUGAUGUUUUCAGACCCAAGCUUGAACCCUAAGGCCCAGGUGGCUCCUAUCAAUUGCAAUAGUGGCUUGGUGAAGCACUCCAGCUAAAAUUUGCCUAAUGCUAUGAAAAUUAAUUUGCUUGUGUUAGAAAACAACGUCAGCAGCUGGAAAAAGUAUUGGAGAGAAGAUCCACCCAUCCUUAAAAUGAACAGGAAGCAGCUUCAGCUCUGGCUCUUUGUUAGUGCCAGGUUAAAGAAAAAUUCAGUAUUCUGCAACUUCUGCCUUGUCAAACAGCAAGUGGUAUGACUGUGAUUCUCAAAGGGACAAAAUUGUUUUUAUCAGAGCCCUCAGAGAUUGGAUUCUAACAGCCUGUUUCAUCUGUUUUCUUAUUCCACAGCUCCCCUGUCAUUUCUAGCCUGUAUAAUCAUUGUUAAGAGAUCAUUCUCGUGUGUUGGCAAGUAGAUAAUGAUCAACCCAAAUGUCUGACAGAAGAAACAAUGUCAGAGGGGGAAAGUGUUUUCUCUUGAAAUGAUUGUGUUCAUGUUCAGUCUUGGAUUGUGCAUAUUUUCUGUCAUUCAAGACCAGAUAAAUUGUAAGAAGAUGAAAUAAUUAUGUUCAUACCCCAUUAGUUUCACUAUCACUUGCUCCAGGCAUGAAUUCAUAGGACAGAACACGCAUUUUUCUAUUUCUGUUCCAGUCAUGCAUAUGACAGAGACAUUGAAUGCGUUCAUUUGUCCAAAAUGCAGUUUGCUGAUGUAGGUGUUCUCUUUCUUACUUCAUUGGCUUAUCUUUCAUUUUCUAGACAGUCAUGAUUCUGUUCACUUUCUCUGCAUUUUUCAGCUGUGUUCCUCAAGAAUCUCCACAACAUUUAUCUGCUGCCUGUGCUGCCAUCACGUAUCAUAGUGACCAAGAGAUUUGUAAAAUCUUGUGAAGUUACUUUCAAAUCAUGUCCCUUCUAUCUGUAAUCACUGAAUUCCACCCAUGGAUCUCUGAGACAGAUGUUUCUACUGGUGCAUCAAGUUGUCAGCUCAUUACUAGUGAAAAUUUAGUUGCAGAAGUUACUUCAAACUUCUGCACAUUCUCAGCAGCUGUGGGCUUCAAGACCUUGGGUCUGUCUUACAGCCUACUCUGCUACAUGUGGUAUUGGCUAUAGCCGCCAGCUCUGCUCCUGAACUGUUGGAGGGGCUAUUUCCCUAUAAUGUUUAGCUUCAGUAAAUAAUAGAUGCCAUUCCUUGCUUCCUCCCAGGGAAGCUGAGUUAUCCUUGUUCCUCUGGGUUUCACGUGCAGGAUCGAGUAGCUAUAGGAUAUACAUCCUUGUGGAACCAUUAUCUCUGGUUUUGUUCUCUAGUUUCUUGAUUCAGGUUGUCACAGCCAGCACUGAAAACUAUAUAGAGGUCUGGAGGAUGGAGAUCUAAAUGCGCGGUUAGCCUAAGAAGGCUGAUUGUCUUCAGAGGAUCUUUGGCAGAAACAGCAUUCUUACUUGUCUGGCAAAUUACCAACUACUGCUAGCUUGUUAUGAACAUAGGUUAAUUGUUUUGUAAGCUUUGCCAGCCCCCCACCCACUCAUUUUGGGAUGAUUUGUACUCGGUUAUAGCCAGCAUGUUUUCUGAACUUUGCAAGGCUUGUUAGAUGUAGCCAACACCGCAUGUGUAACAGUCAUGACUUAGUAGCAGUAUAUCAGACAUCUUGUCUCUGAAAUAUUCAGAGAAAUGCACAUUGCAGUCUAAGGCUCUCAUUUCAAAGGGAUGAAUUUUGUCAGCUUCAGCAGCAGUGAAGUCUUGCAUCCUUUGUCCCUGGAAAAUUUUUAUUCUGCCUCCAACAAAUAAAAUAAACCAAACACCAGGGAUAUCAAGACUGGGCCUUUUACCUCAAGUGAAACACCUAGACCUUGAACUCCUGUUCAGCCUCAGGAUGUGUCAGGGCAGCCAGAGCAUCAAAGGAAAUAGCAGUAUUCCUUUGCCUUGGGCACCUGCUGAUCCCAGUUCUGAGCACAAAUGCUGUUACCUUGAGAGCGUGUGCAGUACAGAAUCAGGAACAAAUCCUAGGAUUCUAGCCUCAUACUUUUUUCCAUCUCCAUGUACUUCUCAGCCUGGAGUCCGAGUGUGUCUUUGUGCAUGGUGGAUACUAUGUACUGUAUGUACGUAUUUUGUCUCUUUGCAGCUCUGUUACUCCAUGUCUGUCCCUUUCCAAAAACCUCUCAGAGAGUGCUUCAGUUAAGAGAUUCAAUGGGGAGACGUGGAACUGUUUCCCACACAUCUUGGAGAGAAGGCAUUUUACAGGAAGUGUUUUCUAGUACAAGGGAAGAAAGGAGAAUAGGAAACCAUUUUGGAUUUAUACUUGCAUAUGAGGGGAGUACAAUUCUACACAUGCUCCUUAAGUGGCAAUUAGUUUGUCUGGUUUUAUGACAUUUAAUUCCCUGUAUUCAUCAACGAGUUUCAUUGAAAGAGCCUUUGUUUACUGUGAGAGAAGAAAAUUACCAAUAGAAAGCCCUGACAAUCAUUCAACGUCUGCUUCAGUGGUGAGAUUGGAUAAUGUAACCAAGGGGUCUUCCUCUUCUACUCUGUGAUGUUUGCAUCACUUCUAAGUUAAGGAGCCUGUUCCAAUGACAGAGAAUCAAGCGUGUUAGUUUUGAAAGGAGUAAGGUGUCUAUUGGAGUCCUAGAGGCUGCAGCAAUGCAGAGUUCAUACAAGCAUUCUGUGCUGAGCAUAACACAACAUAAAAAUCAAGGGAGGGAUAUUCGAUUCUCUCCUCUCAAGAAGCAGCUGACUUGUACUCCAUACAUGAAUUAUUAAAUUCACCUUUACAUGAUUCAUCUUGGCCUUUUAAACAGUCUCACAAGCCACGUGAGUGGGAGAUCGUGUUGUCACACUAGAUAGACCACUUAGUCGCCAAUGACACACAUUGAAAUUUCCAUUCUCAAGACUAGAUAUGCUUGUGGACAUUUAUGGUUUGUUGAAAACAUUCCUCAUUAUGAUGCCUGGAAGGUGGACAUACAUGUCUCUGAUACUGGUUCCACACUGCGGCAGGAGGUUUGGUAUCAAGGUAGUUGUUUGUUGGUAAGAAUCUCAAUGCUGUGCCUCUUCUUCAUACCAGAAUAUGGAUAGUCUCCAUGUGCAUGGAGUUGAAUGGCUGGCAGUGCUGGACCAUUCCUCUUCUUCACCUGUAAAGGAGAUCAUUGACUUAUAGAUGAGAUUGGAUCCUCAGCGUGCAUUCUUUCAGGCCUGUACCUUGUACUAAUACAACGUUUCCUGUUAUUUUGGAUUAUUUGCUGGAAACAAAAGUAGUCUGGCUCCUGAGAUUUUUGUUAAGGUUUACUUGAUCAAACUUUCAAGGACUUUUUUCUUCAGUCAGUCCUACAUUUGCUGCUCAUAAUAAUCCUGGGCUCACUGUUUGAAUCUGGGUGGUUAUUUGCUGGUGUUUAAAUAGUUGGAUAUUUUUGGUUGCAGUAAGUAACUGCCUGAUUGAUCCUUUUCUUAAUAUUACCUUUUUGGACAUGUUAUUCCUGUGGAUCUAUCAUUAGUUUCUUCCAAAAGAAGCUUCUGAGCUUUACUUAAACCUGGGACUUGACCUCCUUUUCUUCUGUUUUGAACCUCCUGUUUCUAGAGCUAAGACAUCAUUGUUUACGCCAAACGUCAGGAGGACCUUAUUUUAUCUUUAUAGAAUCAGAUCAGUCAAACAGUCCUUGACAGUGGUUACAGCAAGAGCACAAAACAAUCACAGUUCUCUUCAGACAGAAAGUGGUUAUUUGGAAAAGGUGUGGGCGUGGAGGUUCAUAAGGGUGAAAAGGGAGUAAUUGUUCCCAGUCUAGCCUGCUAAAAGAAGUAGGAGCAUCAAGUGAAGCUAAAAGAUACCAGGUUCAAAGGGGAGAAAAAAGGGGGCACGCGUGCGGUUAUUGUUCACAGUAUGUAAUUCACCUAUGGAACUCCUUGUCACAAGAUGUUAUGGAUACAAAAAAGUGUAUGUGGUUUGAAAAGAAAAGUAGACAAACCUAUGGAAGAGUAAUUUAUUAGGGCAUAUUAAAUACUAGAACUAAAAACAAGCAGGAAGUUUCGAAGACUUUUAAGGGGCUAUUCUGGAGAAGUAUCACAAUGGGCUUUUCCAAUUUUUAGCUUGGCUGUCAGGCUUGUGCUGUUGACCACUGUCAGAGAUGAGAGGUGGGUUAGAUGAUCUUCUAGUCUGACUUUGUAUGGAUAUUUUAUUUUGAUGGUUACGGUAUAGCCUACUUGAAAAGCCAAGGCAAAGUUGCCUUCCAUGACAGCAGCAUGUUCCAUCAGAAUUCACUCUGUGGUGUUGGUUUCUCUAAGAAAAGCCUCCAUUGCUGACAUCUGCCCAAUUGUCAUAAGCAGCUUGCAUACACCUUCACCUGGGUGGGCACUAUAUAUUGCAGAGGCUUUCAGAAUGAUGAAGCUGUUACAAGAGCAUACAGAGCACCAAGAUCCACCUCUAUACAGUUGUGAUUUGGGGGGAAAGUAGGUUGCUCUAUGGAAUUCAUCUGUAAUAUGAUGUUUGCAAAUGGUUAAUCACUUAAAUAUAAGUGAAAAGAAAAUUACCACUAACCAAAGCUCUUAUGUUAUCUUAUUCAUACAUGUUUCACUUCUCACCAUCUUUGUCUUCCAAAGUGCUUGAGUGCAGAGCACCUUCAGGGUGAAUGUGCACAGCCACAGCACAUCUUCAAGAACUACAGUACCUGGUAACGGCUUUCUUCCCACUUUAGAACCCUAUUGUCCUUUUCCAAAGAGUCAGAUUAAGUUUCCCUGGUGCCUUAGAGAUGAGUAGUUAGGAAAUGCAAGCUGAUCUUCUCCAAAAUUGUUGGAUUCUGAGUUUUUGCAACAGCGUCUCCAUGUAGUUUUGACACAGAGGACAAACUCCACUGAAGUACAGGUGACGAACAGGACACCAGGUCUGCCCUGAGGAGUCUGCUCUGUCUGUUACCUUACCAAAAAAAAGGAUUUUGCUGGCCCUCAUUGAAAAAGAGUUUUUACUGCUGUUUCCUCUUUAGAGGAAAGAAUCACAGAUCAUUGUGGAGACACUGGUGUAAAGCCUUUGCCAGUGAAUCAUAGUGGUUCCCGAGGGAAAAGAGUGCACUUAACAGGGCCUCUUCUCUACAAGUCCAUGCCUACAGCACACACAAUAAGCUUGAGAAAUCUUGAAAAGAACUUUGAAAAGGAGUGGCUUCUUUAUCCAACCUAUCAGACAAAAAAAAAUUGAAUUGGCCUUAAAAAAACAAAUUUGAUGCAAAUGUUAAGAAUUUGGGGGCUUUAAAAGUGUAUCUUUUAUUACCAGAAUUCUUAUUGCUUGUUUGGGGCAGGUGGAAGAAGUGCUGUUAUCGCUGAAAGCAAUUUCAGCAUUGUGUUUGGCCUUUGGCCUAUUGGUGUUCUGGGAUGUGCAACAGAAGAUAACCCCAGAACAUUAGUUUAAAUUGGUGUCCCUGCAAGAGUAUUUUAGAAAAUCUCGUUUCACCAUGGUUAUAGCAACAGUAAAUAUCGUUAUUCCCCCAGACUAAAAGGAGACAAGUUACUGUACUCAGUCUAGUUAUGUUCAGAAGUCAUAAAAUCUCCUCAAAAAAUGUUUUGGGGUUAAUGAUCUGUUCCCUGCAUCUUGAGCACUACUAUGUCAAAAGUCAGGAAGGGAUCUUUGAAAAGUUCCUCUACUGCCAGGUCCAAAUGUUUCACUGCCAUCACUCCCUCAUUCUAAUUGUUUUUUUCUGUUUUCCUGAGAUUGGGGAAGAAAAAUGACAAGGAAUUUUUCAUGACUGUUUCCAUUAAUUACUGUAUAGGAUUCAUCUCAUGUUUUUCAAGUGGUUUUGCCUUAUUUAUAUGGCCUUCUGAAAAGGUCAUGCUGUGUCAGAUAUAUUUAAUACAUCUAGGAUCUCUGUGCCGUUUUUCAAGGUGUGCAGAUGGACAGCUGUCAAUCUACUGGGAGAGAAAAUGGAGUUGUAGGCAUCCCAUUAGUGCCACUAGUUACAGUACUUCUGCUUCCAGUUGCAUGAUGCUUUCCACCGUUCAAAUUGAGGUUGUCUUCCCUCCUGAAAGUGUGUUUUCUCCACCAUUUCUAACUCCAGAAAUUCAAUGUGGAAUAUAUUUUGUGUAUGAUAUCAGCUAGGAUUUUUUUUUCUUAUCCACAGACCUACAAAACUCGUGUUUCCAUACGUCUACUGAAAAUUUCUCAUGAAAAAUAUAUAAGAAUAAAGAUUGGUGGCUCUUCCUGCCAAA